UUUUCUCACUUUGUUUGUCUUCCAUAAACCAAGAGAUUUCUAACACAACAUACUCACUGGUCCUUCUUCUAUGUUUUUCUCUCUCUGGUCUUCUCUUCUCUAGUACUCCUUCUCCUUUUGGAUUAAAAGCCGAAUAUCUCAUAAAAAUCUUUGUUUCUAAAAAUCAAGAGCAAGAAGAAAAAUAGUAUGUCCAGGAAAGGAUUGUUUAUUAUGCUCUGAUAUUGUUAAAAGAAGAAAAAAGAAGAAGAAGAAGAAGAAGAAGUGAUAUUUUUGUCUGCAAAUAUUUUUGGAAGUUUUUUUUUUUUGAAGUUAUGGCUAAUCAGGAUAAAAGUUGUGGAUCGAGCUCGAAUGCUACUGCCAUGGAUGAUAGUCAGAAUUAUAUGGAAGUUGGCUCACAGUCUGGAAAUGCAAUGCAAUUUAAGGAGAAUUAUUCAUCUGGAGAAGAUAAUUUACUUAAGGCCAGGAAACCUUAUACCAUCACAAAACAGCGUGAAAGAUGGACUGAAGAUGAACACAAGAAGUUUCUAGAAGCUUUAAGAUUGUAUGGUCGAGCUUGGCGUCGGAUAGAAGACCACAUCGGUACCAAGACUGCGGUUCAGAUCCGAAGCCAUGCUCAGAAAUUUUUCUCUAAGGUUGUAAGAGAAUCAGGUAGUAAUGAUGCAGGUUCAGUGAAACCAAUUGAAAUUCCUCCUCCUCGCCCAAAGAGAAAGCCUAUGCAUCCUUAUCCCCGAAAAAUGGUUUCUUCAGCUAAAAAACAAACGUUGGUUUCUGAGAAGCUUGAAAGGUCGAUGUCGCCGAAUUUCUCAACCUCAGAACAAGAAAACCAAUCACCUGCAUCUGUUUUAUCUGUCGUUGGAUCAGAUGCUAUGGGAUCCUCAUUUUCAAAUACCCAAAGCCGUUCUCAAUCACCCGUGUCAUCUGUUUCUGAUGUGAAGCAUGUUAUCUCAUCAUCUACCAAGCAAGAAAUUGGUUCGCCUUCAACUUCUUCAUUAGCUGAAGAGGAGAAUGGGUCUUCGUGUGGGGCAAUCAAGGAGCAAUCUUCAAUGAAGAAUGAUUUUUGCUCGAAAGAUGGUGAAGCAUCCGGCGAAGGUGUUACAGAAGAAGCACCAGUCGUGAGUCUUAAACUCUUUGGAAGAACAGUUUUAGUUACAGACUCACGUAGACCGUCAACAUCUUUGUCCAGCGGGGUUUGCAAAUCAUUGGUUAGUGAAUUUCAUCAAGAGAAUUCUGAUACAUGUGAUGGAAUGGCUUUGGAAACAGCACAAAGCAAUAAUAUGACACAACCUGAUUCCUUUGUGGGGCCUUCCGGUUCUGUUUGGAGGCAGUGGCCUUCAGCUCUGUGCAAUAUGCAAUUUCAGGGAGUGAACUCGAAUGCAAUGGAAGCUGCUGCUUCUGCGGCUUCUUCUCUACACUGGUGGGCUUUGUACGGAGGUUUACAGUUGCCUCUUGCAUUAUCCUUCUCAAAUUCACUACAGGUGGCUCCAAAUUCGUCACCUGAGGAUGCCUUGAGGGAGAUGAAAGUUCAAUACGUUGAAGAAGCAGGGACUAGUUCGGCUACUGGAACCGUAGAUGAAGUGGAAAUUUCAGAGCAGAAUGCAGUUAAUUCUCGAAGAAGAGAAACUGUUGCUGACAAUGACAUCAAGGAAGUAGACUUGGUACUUGGUUUGAAACCAAGGGAAACAUCCGAGUCAUUAGCCCAAAAAUCCAGUUCUGAGAGAAGGGGUUUUGUACCAUAUAAAAGAUGUUUAUCAGAGAGAAGCAGACAGUCGUCCGGAAUAGCUGGUGAAGAUAGAGAUGGGCAAAGAAUGCGGUUGUGCUUGUAAUUAUUUUCCCCGCAAACUACUCCUUUCGUCUAUACCUCAGGCUUUUCUAUGAUGAGGCAGUUUUGACAUCGAAUCAAUUGAGAGAUCAAGAUCGUAACCGGAUGGGUCAAGCAGCUGAUCUCUAUUUAGUUUGCCUCCUUGUACAUUUCCACAGGUGUAACCUUUUUUCUUGUUUCCUCCAUUCCAACUGUUAAAGGCGAUCAGUAUCGUAUUGGAGUUUGUUGUAAUGUUAUGGCUCUUUAUAUUUUUGAUUGCAGUUCCUGCAAACCUUCUUGUAGUUUCUCAAUAUAAAUAUAUUCUUUUUGCAGAAUUGCAAAUUUUAAUCAA